AUGUAUUACAGUGUUAAUGCCAUGAAAUGCAAUAAGAGAGGAAACCCUCUUAUUAAAUAUAUUACAUUAUUUCCUUUUAUUUGGGUUUCAUUUUGCACAGAAUUGGAAAAUAUCUCUAAUGGCAAGAAUUCCUCACUAAUUGCAGAAUAUAGGCCAUUAUUAGAAUACUUAAAGGAAGCGGAGCUUUACGAGAGUGAAUUGGAAGAUUAUUUAUUAAAUUGCAGGAGUAAUAAAAUAAUAACAUUUCCGGAUAAUGGACCAGUGAGAGAGGGUAGCAAUGGUUUGACCCUAUAUGAUAUAUUGCUGAAGAGUUGUUCAAUUUGUUUGACAAUUUAUAAAGACAAACUUAAGCGUAAAUAUGCUGAAAGUAAAGGUUUAAGAAGACUAAAUUAUUAUUUUGAACAGAAAAUAUUUGAUGUGAUUGAUAGUAUAAAUGAAAAGAAAUUACAGAGUAAAGGUUAUGUCAGAACAAUAAUAGGAAGUAUAGUUAGAAAAUGGAGUAUACGAAAGAUUGCAAAAGUGUGCUCAAUUCCAUUGAUUGGAAUAAUAUUGCUAAUAGCGCUUGGAAUCAGUGCAAUUACAACACCUGCCAUGCUUAAUGUCUUUGCUGGGAUAUCCGGUAUUGUUUUUACAUUAUUAACAUUUGCAAUUUUAUUUGUACCCAUGUAUACUAUGACCAAGGUUGUUAAAUAUUAUGGAUUAGAAGCUGGACUGGAUGAAUUGAACUUUUGGGAAUUUUGUGUUUUUUGGCACCACAUAUUUUUUCCUAAAGGAUGUAAGAAGUAA